UGGACGCGGGCGAAGAGAGCCGGGAUGGCCGAGGGCAGGGGGCUUGCCGUCACGCUGUGCUCGGAGCGGUUUGGCUCCGGGACGGCCCGGGGGUGCCGCGCCGCCGCUGACGGGAGCCUGCAGUGGGAGGCCGGGGCGUGGCGCUGGUGGGGGCUCUCCGGGGCCUUCUCGGUGAAACUCGCAGGACGAGAUGGGGGCAGAGGGGGAACUCCUGGGACCGCCUCUUCACCUCUCUCCGGUCUCCUGGCUGUGUUCCUGCCGCAGGGCUUCCCUGACAGCGUCAGCCCCGACUAUCUGCCGUACCAGUUGUGGGACUCCGUGCAGGCCUUUGCUUCCAGCCUCUCGGGCGCCCUGGCCACCCAGGCAGUCUUGCUGGGCAUAGGGGUGGGGGAUGCAAAAGCCUCUGUUUCAGCUGCCACGGCCACCUGGCUUGUGAAAGAUUCGACUGGCAUGCUGGGCCGCAUCAUCUUUGCUUGGUGGAAGGGGAGCAAACUGGACUGUAAUGCCAAGCAGUGGAGGCUUUUUGCUGACAUCCUCAAUGAUGUAGCCAUGUUCCUUGAGAUUAUGGCUCCUGUACUCCCAAUCUGCUUCACCAUAACUGUCUGCACCAGCAACCUGGCCAAGUGCAUUGUGAGCGUGGCUGGCGGGGCUACUCGGGCUGCACUGACCAUGCACCAGGCCCGGAGAAACAACAUGGCUGAUGUGUCAGCCAAGGAUAGCAGCCAGGAGACACUGGUGAACCUGGCAGGGCUCCUGGUCAGCCUCUUGAUGCUUCCCCUGGUGUCAGAUUGUCCUAGCGUCAGCCUCGGAUGUUUCUUUUUCCUCACUGCCCUCCACAUCUAUGCCAACUACCGGGCAGUCCGAGCCCUUGUCAUGGAGACCUUGAAUGAAGGCCGGCUCUGGCUGAUCCUAAAGCACUUCCUUCAGAAAGGAGAGGUGCUCAGCCCCACUUCAGCCAAUCAGAUGGAGCCACUGUGGACAGGUUUCUGGCCAUCUUUGUCUCUGUCUCUUGGGGUCCCCCUGCACUGCUUGAUUUCCACUGUCUCUGAGCUGCAGCAGCUGAUUGGGGGGCACCAAGAACCCUACCUCCUUCACUGGGACCAGUCACGAAACCAGGUACAGGUAGUUCUGAGCCAGACAGCAGGCCCUGAGACAGUCCUAAGAGCUGCCACGCACGGGCUGGUGCUUGGAGCCCUGCAGGGAGAUGGGCCUCUCCCAGGAGAGCUGGAGGAGCUGAGGAACCAGAUGUGGGCAGGUCCUGAGAAAGACAGCUGGGCCAUUGUCAAGGAGACACACCAAGUACUGGACAAGCUGUUCCCAAAGUUCUUGAAAGGACUACAGGACGCUGGCUGGAAGACUGAGAAGCACCAGCUAGAGGUGGAUGAGUGGAGAGCCACAUGGCCCCUGUCUCCAGAAAAGAAGAUGUUGUGAGCAGUCCAGAAUGAGGCCCAGGAGCCAAGAGCAAGGAUACUGGCCACAGCAGAAUGUGUGAAAGGCUACUUUAUUUUUGCUUAGGCGAAGUGCUGCGGCAGGUUGGCCAGGGUCCCGUGGGAAGUGACUGUCAGUUGGGUGGACUGGGCCCCAGGCAGCGACAAGAUUGAGAGAGGGGGAACUAGGGCCGUCCCUGCUCCUGCCCCACCCUCUUCUUAUAGGGCCCCCACCCCACUCCUUGUAAAGCUGAGCCCUGGCCUGGUUGUGGCUCAUGGUAUCCAACAUAGUUGCCUCAGGCAUAAAAGCCCCAGAGGAAAAUGGCCACAGCCAUCAUGAGCAGGGCAUUGAGGUUGACCACACGGGCCCAACUUGGGUCCUCACUGAUGUCCUCCAGCCGCCUGGCUGCUGCAGCAGUCUCUUCCUGAGUAGGGGGUGGGGAACUGCCUGCCCCACCCCUGCUCAUUCCACAGAACCAAAACAGGCACUGGCGGAAUAGACCUGUUGCCAGGGGCUGGGGCUCUGGGAGAAAUUAAGGCCCUGCAGUUAGUGGGAGGGAACGUGGCUCCCUAGCCCCGCCUCCUCGGCAGUGCCUUACCCUCCAUCUCCACUGCGUGCUCUGGGCGCCCAUUCUGUAGAGGGAGUGAGGUUGGGCCUUGCAGCCCCUCAUCCACAUCCAGGUCCUCUCGAUCCUCCUUGCUGUGCCGGAGACUGAAGACCAGGCGGUGGAGCUGGGGAGGGGUAGGAGCAGGGACCAGGUGGGAGUUCUGUUUCCCCGCCGUAGGCCCUAGUCUCUUGUCCACACUGGCCAAACAACCCCCUCAGUGUCCGCCCUAGCCUCCCUCUGUGCAGCUUGCACACCUAGCCUAGGCUCAGCUCAUUUUAACAACCUUCCAAGGCUUCCCUUAGUCUUCAGGCUAAACUGAAGCACCUCAGCGGGGUAUUUAAAAAUGCUGGACCUGUUCUCCCCUCGUUUCAUCACCCCAAGAGCCCUGUCUACACCCAGAAUUGUAGUAGCAUUUGAGACUAGUGUAUAGUCUUACACGAUUUUCCUUCCUGUGGUAUUUGCUCACAGUUUCUUCCUACUGCCUCUCCUCCCUUCUCCAACUGUGGAACCCCGCCCAUCCUUCCAGGCCGAGCUCUUUUGUCCGCCCCUGCCCCAUCAGCCCUUCCCUUAGGUACCUGCCCAGUAGCAGCACAAGGCCAAACCCUCAUGUGGGCUUUUAAGAUGGCACUCUAGCCCUCUCAGCCACCAAUCAGAUCCUGUGUUUUGAGUCCCAAAGGCCAUGCCAAGAAUUGGCUUUGAGGCACUUUAAUCCCCAAAGAAGAUUGUAACCUUCCCCACAAUCUUCUUCAGCCCACCUCUCCCAAAACCACUUUAAAUAAAUGUCAUUUAAAGUAA